AUAGGGGGGGGGCCCUAGGUUUGCAGUUAAGUUACUGUGACGUAUACAGUUAGAGAUUAUUUUUUAAAUACCUAAUUCUUUUAAUUUUUAAAUCGUAGUUUCUAAAGCACUUUCACGCGAGUUUCAUAAAAUGUCUAAAAAGAAAGGUAACAAAAAAAAUGUUGAUUUCGAUGAUGAAUUGGAAGAGAAACCUAAGUUGAAUGAAGAGGUAACCUGUAAAAGCAAAGCAAAGGGUAAAAAGAAAGGAAAACGCAUUGAAGAUGAUAUUGAUGACGAUGAAAUAGUAUUAAAGGAUAGCCAGAUUUCCGACGAAGAAGAACUGAAACCGGCACCCAAAAAAAGUCAGAAAAAAGGAAAAAAUAAAAAGAAAGGUGCUGAUGACAUAUCAGAUGAUGAUAACGAUGCUAGUAAAUUAAUUGGUGACACAUUAAGUUCUGCUACAAAAAAGAAACAAACCAAGAAGAAACAAGGUAAAGGUAAGAAAAAUGAUUGGUCCGAUGAAGGCAGCGACGUUGAAUUAAAACCACCAUCUGAAGAUGAAAUUGUGCAACCAGUGUCAAAGAAAAAGAAUAAAAAUAAGAAAAAAGCUUCAGUUGCUGAAUCCGAAGAAUCUGAUUAUGAUGAUGACUCCAAAUCAGUUGUUAGUGAUGUUUCGAGUACAGCAGUACCCAAAACAAAUAAUAAAAAAGAUAACAUAAAGAAGAAACCUGAAGAAUCAUCAAAUGAGUCAGAUCAUGAUUCCAAAUCUGUUGUUAGUAAUGUCUCCAGCAAUCCACCAGCUAAAACAAAAAGCAAAAAAGGUAAAAAUAAAAAAGAGGAUUGGCCAGAUGAUGAUGAUGAAGAAAAAGUUUUAGAAUUGAAAGCAGAAACAGAGGAAGAUGAGUUUAAGCCGAUUGUCAAAAAUAAAUUAAAAAAUAGGAAGAAAAACGAUAUAAAUAAUAUUGAAGAGGAGCUUAAGAAAUUUGAAAUUAAAUCUGAACCUGAAGAUGAGAACGAAGAAGAGAAGUCAGUGUCGGACAAGAUUGAUUCUAAAGUUGAACCGGAGAAAAAAUUGAGUCACAAAGAGAAAAAGAAAUUGAAGAAGCAACAAGAGUAUGAGAAGCAAGUAGAACUGUUAACAAAGAAAGGUGGCCAGGGUCACAGUGACCUGGAUGCCAAUUUCACUGUCAGCCAAGCACAGAAAUCUGCUGGUCAGAUGGCUGCCUUAGAGAAUGCAGUGGACAUCAAAGUAGAGAAUUUCUCAAUAAGUGCCAAAGGCCAAGAUCUGUUCCUGAACGCAAAUCUGUUGAUAGCCAACGGGCGCAGGUACGGUCUCGUGGGGCCCAACGGCCAUGGGAAAACAACUCUGCUGAGGCAUCUCGCCCAGAGAGCCUUUCCAUUGCCGCCCCAUAUUGACAUACUGCUGUGUGAGCAAGAAGUUACCGCGAGCGAUAUGAGUGCUGUAGACACAUUGCUUGAUUCAGAUGUUAAAAGGAAAGAGUUACUGCAAGAGUGCAAGGAGUUGGAGUUAGUCAUUGAGAAGGGUGAUCUAACGAAGCAAGACCGUUUGAAUGAGGUGUACUCGGAGCUGAAGGCGAUUGGUGCCGAUUCUGCCGAGCCUCGUGCCCGCAGGAUCCUUGCCGGUUUGGGAUUUAGUCGGGAGAUGCAAAAUAGAGCUACAAAGAAUUUCUCUGGUGGAUGGCGAAUGAGAGUUUCCUUAGCCAGAGCUCUCUAUAUAGAACCCACAUUACUGCUACUCGAUGAACCUACAAAUCAUUUGGAUCUCAACGCCGUUAUUUGGUUAGACAAUUACCUGCAAGGGUGGAAAAAAACCCUACUAGUGGUGUCCCACGACCAGUCCUUCUUAGAUAACGUUUGUAAUGAGAUCAUCCACUUGGAUCAACAGAAGCUCUUCUACUACAAGGGAAACUACUCUAUGUUUAAGAAAAUGUACGCACAAAAGCGGAAGGAGAUGAUAAAAGAGUAUGAGAAACAGGAGAAGCGGUUGAAGGAUUUAAAGUCCCACGGGCAGUCGAAGAAGCAGGCGGAGAAAAAGCAGAAGGAAGCUCUUACUCGGAAACAGGAGAAGAACAAGAGCAAGUCUCAGCGCGAAGAGACUGAUGAGAACUCUGCGCCCGUCACGUUGCUACAGCGGCCGAAGGAGUACAUCGUCAAGUUUAACUUCCCAGACCCGCCACCCUUACAGCCUCCCAUAUUGGGACUUCAUAACGUGAACUUCAACUUCCCCGGCCAGAAGCCCCUGUUCAUUAACGUGGACUUCGGAAUAGAUCUGAACUCUCGUAUCGCGAUCGUGGGACCCAACGGAGUGGGCAAGUCCACCUUCCUGAAGCUGCUCGUGGGUGAAUUGACCCCUAUUACCGGAGAUCUCCUCAGGAAUCACAGAUUACGUAUUGGCCGCUUCGACCAGCACUCCGGUGAGCACCUGACGGCCGAGGAGUCUCCAGCGGAGUACCUGCAGCGGCUGUUCGGGCUCCAGUACGAGAAGGCACGCAAGGCUCUCGGCACCUUUGGGCUCGCCAGCCACGCACACACCAUCAAGAUGAAGGAUCUCAGCGGAGGACAGAAGGCCAGAGUUGCGCUGGCAGAACUCACGCUCAUGGCACCCGAUGUUAUCAUUCUUGACGAGCCCACGAACAACCUGGACAUCGAGAGUAUCGACGCGCUGGCGGAAGCCAUCAACGAGUACAAGGGCGGCGUGGUAAUCGUGUCGCACGACGAGCGGCUCAUCCGAGAGACAGAGUGUGCGCUCUACGUCAUCGAGGACCAGACCAUCAACGAGGUGGACGGUGACUUCGACGAUUAUCGAAAAGAGCUGCUGGAAAGUCUCGGAGAAACCAUCAACUCCCCCUCAAUCAUUGCCAACGCGGCUGUCUUGCAGUAAGAGAUUGCUGGAUAAUGACUUCGUUGACACUUCUCUUUCUCUCCGUCAAAAAUGGGAGCUCAAACGUAAUAAAAACAUACGAAAAUUACAAAAUGAAUUAUGUAUUCUUCACAAUAUGUUCUAUGCUUAGUAGCCAGUCUAAUUUUUGGCGAGUUAAUUACUAAAUAAUGCGUUUAAAUUAUUUUUCCAAUCGAUUUCUAAUUUCCAGAAUUUAAUCCUCUUUUUAUUAUUUAUUUCAAUCUCCGCGGUUGCGUUAUUAAAAUAGGCAUAAAAAGUAAUGUUUCGAUAUGAAAUUUCGUAUCUAACUAGAUAGAGAAAAAAAAUAAAAAAAAAGAAUAUUAAAUGGGUGCUAUUGGUAUAAAUUAAUUAGGUACCUUUUUGGCUGUAUUCACUUCUGGGAUAAAUUGCACAAAAUAAAUUUAUAAACAUAAGAUUUGAAAAAGCGCCAUCUUAAUUUAAUUUCCUAAUUAUGGUUUAACCAGAAUAUAUUGAUAAUGUUAAUUGACUCGAGCCAAGAAAAAACCAAUUAUUAUAUCAAGAGCCCGUUCUGUGUUCUAUAAGUAAUCGUAAUUGAAUCUAUAUUGUAUACUUAUCAAUAAAUUUUGUUACAAA